GUCGAAUCGUCGCAAUCUUGGAUGCUCAUGCUCAACGAAGUCGACCAGACGUCCGCCGCCAGCAUCGCACUCGGCAUCGGGAUGGGGAGCCUUAUUAUUCUCGUGCUGAAUUACUUUCCUGGCGAGCCCUUUGACUACUCCAUCAAGCAGGAGAUCCCGGUCGAAGGCGACGACGAGAUUCAGCAAGAAGUUCCUGCUCCAAUUGCAGCAUCGGCGCAGCGGAGCAAGCGCGUUGAGCUCGAAGUGGAGAAGACUGCCAGAGCUUUGCGCAUCGACAAACUCCAGGAGUUGCUAGGUCUGGAAGAAUCCAAGAUCCAAGAGCUAGUUGCACAAGCGAAGCGCGACACACUUAAUGGGGUGUCGCCGACUCCCCCUGUCAACUACAUGGCCCGCGCCGACCGCGUCGUGUACGUCACGUUUCUUGCACUCAUGUGCUACUUUGCAUGGCGCGACUAUGGUCUCAAUGUCCUCGACCUUUUCGCGUACGUGUUUCCGACGGAAGCAGCAACCCUCCGCCAGCUGCUUCCUUCCACGUAAUUCUCAAACACAACAUCAUGGAAACAGCA